UCCAUAUUGAUUGUGGGUGAAUGAUUGGUGCUCUGGUUGUCUAAUUUUCCACAACUACUUUUUUUUUUUUUCUUUUUCUAUGUGCUUUGAAUUAUUUUAUCCAACUUUAGUGGUAUUAUGGCCGACAGUUCCAAAGACUUUUGAAGAUCCCAGUCAAGUCGUCAACCCCCUCUUCCUCUCCCUCUUCCUCUUCCUCUUUGCUCUUGCGCUUGGUUUGAAUCUGAUUAGGUGCAAGCAAAACCCACAAACUUAUACAUCUCUUUUCACAAAGGAUCGAUGGAGGUUGCGGGGAUCUUUCUGGGCCCGAUCAUUCAGGUGCUGCUUGAAAAGUUGGUCUCUCCGGCGGUGUCAAUUCAUGCUCGUCGGGAGGGAAUCCAUAGUGAGUUGAAGAAGUUGGAGAAAAUGUUGCCAGCUAUUCGUGCUGUUCUUGCUAACGCAGAGGACAAGCUAUUGGAAAAUGAUGCUGCUGUCAAAUUGUGGAUGGACGAUCUCACCGACUUGGCGUACGAUUUGGAUGAUUUGCUGGAUGACUUGGCUACUCAAACUUUGAUCAAGCCAGAAUCUCAUGCCAGCAGCAGUACUAGUAAGGUACCAAAACUCAACCCAGCUGUUAAGCUUUAUCGUAAUGUGAGGUCCAAGUUAACUACUUCCAAAAAUGAUAUGAGGUCCAAGAUAGAGGACAUCACUAAAAGAUUAGAAGAUAUUGAAAAACAAAAGAGUAUCCUGAAUUUGAAAGAGAAUGCUGAAGUGAUUGGGUUCAAGACAAUCAGAGAAGGUCGGGAAACGACUUCUUUGGUCUACAGCUCUGAAGUUUGUGGCAGAGUACAAGAUCAAGAGGCUAUCGUUGCGGAGUUGUUGAAGGAUGAAGUUAGUGCUGACAAUUUCUGUGUCAUUCCCAUUGUGGGCAUGGGAGGCAUUGGUAAGACAACUCUAGCUCAGCUCGCAUAUAAUCAUGAACGCGUAGAGGGUCGUUUUGAUCUCAAGGCAUGGGUUUGUGUUUCUGAUGAUUUUCAUGCAUAUGUUCAUAGAGUGACCAAGGCAAUUCUUGAGAGAGUCGCUUUAAAAACUCAUGACUCCAUGUCUUUGGAAACGCUUCAACAGAAUUUAAAGGAGAGCUUGUCAGGGAAGAAGUUUCUUCUUGUUUUGGAUGAUGUUUGGAACGACAAGUAUGAAGAUUGGGAGGUCCUAAAACGUCCUUUUAAAGUCGGGGCGCCUGGGACCAAAAUUAUUGUCACAACUCGUAAUGGAGCAGUUGCAAAAACCAUGGCUCUGUCUCAGCCGGCUCACCUUCUACAAGGGCUGUCAAAUCAUGAAUGCCUAUCUUUACUUGCUCGUCAUGCACUCGAGAAAGAAAACUUUAAUGCAGACCCAGGUUUAAAAGGAAUUGGUGAGGAAAUAGUGAAUAAAUGUAAUGGCUUGCCUUUGGCUGUAAAAACGAAUUGCAGGCCUCUUGCGCACUAAACCCCAAAGUGAGUGGGUAGAUAUAUUAAAUAGCAAGAUAUGGAAUUUACCCCAACAACUUGGUAUUCUUCCAGCCUUUCAAUUGAGCUAUUAUCAUCUCCCAUCUCAUUUGAAGCAUUGCUUUGCCUACUGUGCAACAUUUCCAAAAGACUAUGAAUUUGACAAAGUUGAGCUAGUUCUAUUGUGGAUAGGGGUAGGUCUUUUGCAGCCUGAAGAGAAGCAGAUAGAAGAUUUUGGCAAUGAAUGUUUUAAUAAUUUAUUAUUAAGGUCAUUUUUCCAACAAUCAGGUGAUAGUAAAUCAUCGUUUGUGAUGCAUGACCUUCUACAUGAUCUAGCUAUACAGGUUGCUGGAAAAAUAUCCUUUCGGUUGGAUAAGUUAGAGGGUAAUGAGCAAUUUGAAAUUCCUAAACGAGCUUGACACUUGCCAUUUGUUCGUCAAAAA